UUUCGUGGCAUACGACAGACAUCCUGCUCAACGUCAAGUUUUUGUAUUGCUUUGGAGGGAAUUUUUGCGGCACGAAAAAACUGGGAAAAUCUUGGGAUGGAAAUGAAGUAUUAAAAUUGUUAAUAAACUCAAAAACAAAAAUGUCCAGUAUUUUGCAACCUGUAGAUGUAAACGUAGAUUUAUCGCCUGUACGGAAAAGAGCAAGAUAUGAUGAUCAAAUUGAUGAAUUUAGUAAACAUGGGAGGUGGAGUUUUCAUAAAAACGAAGUGGUUUUACACGAAACUUUUGAUCAUGGAGUUGGUCGUUUGGAUUGUGAUACUGAAGAAAUAUAUACUGAUGAUGAUACAAUAUUUAAUAGAAACAUUCCUGGAAGUAUAGACAUUUCAUGUGCGUCUAUGACCCCAAAUACCAGGGAGAAACAGCUCUCACUAUUGGAAUCAACUUUACCAAAAGAAUCUUUAGACAAAUUAACAUUAGGCGAAUGGGACAAUGUGUUGUGUGAAAAAAUUGUUAUAAAACCAACAGAUAAGACAAAUCAUUUCGACUUAUUAGCAGAUGAAAUAAUCCUUAAUAUUCUGAGGUGGCUACCAAAGAUGUGUUUACCAGAUAUAGCCUUAGUGUGUAAAAGAUUUAGCAGACUCAUCCAGGAUGAGUCGCUGUGGACUAGAAUGGAUGUUUCUAAUAAAAAUUUGAGUCCGGGCCGAUUCGGAAAAAUUUUGAGCAACCAAGUGAUUAUUCUCAGGGCAUCAGCUGCAGCGAUACAUUCCCCUAUACUCGUUCCCAAUAUAAAGGCAGCUUUACCCGACUUCACGGCAAGACUGUUGUAUUUAGACCUAGGUAUGUCAUAUAUAACGUGCGAAAGCCUCGUUAUAAUAUUCAAUAAAUGUAGACGACUUAAGAAACUCAAUUUAGAACACGUAGAAGUGAACGAUGACGUCCUUAUAGCAUUGUCGGCAAAUAAGGACAUAGAGGUGUUAAAUUUGUCGAUGUCUCUGGGAAUAGAAGAAGACGGACUUAAAUAUUUACUGACAAAUUGUAGAAAAAUUAGAGAGCUAAACAUUGCGUGGACGGACUUAUCACAUAGUUGUGUAAAAUAUAUUAGCAAAAAUCUACCGUCUUCAAUGGAUAGGCUCAAUUUUUCUGGCUGCAAACGAAAUUUGACUGAUCAAAAUGUAACAGACAUUGUUAUGUGUUGCCCAAGACUUAGAGAAUUAGACUUAUCGGACUGUACGAGUAUAACAGGACACUCAGUUAAGCAGUUUCUACAAUUAGAUGAAUUAAAUUUUCUGGCGCUUUCACGAUGUUAUCAAAUAACAUACACUGCUCUAUUCCACUUGAAAAAGUUGCACACCCUGUCCUACCUCGACAUCCACGGCGGCUACAAUGCCCUGGACGAACUCAAGGCCAUACAAGAAACCUUAGGCGCGAAAGUACAAAUCAACAAAUUCAAAUUCAGCUCCGUAGCCAGGCCCACCGUGGGAAUGAGAAGAUCUAGCAUUUGGAAUAUGCGCGUCAGAGACUGACGGUCGUUCUGUUUUCUAUUCUGUUAUAAACCCACUUGUGAUCUUAAUCAUAGUCAUUUUUUAUGUUAGUAAGAAGUAAACAAAACACUGAAAACUGUAUUUUUCAUAGAAUUUAUUAUUAAAUUCACAAGACAGCUCUUUCUGUGUUUCUUACGAGCGUAGGCGCAAAAUUUCGUUCCAAUGCUUUUUAAAUGCAUUGAUUUUUUUUUAAUCCUGAGAAAACUAAUAAGUACUAGCUGACCCGACAGACUUCGUACUGCCUCAAUAGAUAAAAACACUUUUGUAUACAAUAAACUAAAAUAACCAAAAGGAAUUCGUAAUUAAUAAACAAAAAAUGCUCGAUGUGAAUGAGGUUUUAUUAUUAUUUUUAAUUAAUUACACAUGAUGUGAAGUAAUAAAGUUUAGUUAGAAGUAAUAAAAUAAAGUUUGUAGUGCAACAGUUACAAUCUUAAAUUUGUUUAUCUUAUAAUGAAUAUAACAGCUUUGUUUUAUCUACAUUCAAAGCAACCCUGUAUUUAUGAUUGGGUUCGGGGUGGUUCCAACUCUAUAGGUGUUGAUUAAAUGAAAUAUAAUUUAAUUUAAAUUAAAUAACAUUAAAUAUAAUUUUAUAAAAUUAAAUAGAAUUAUAUUAAAAUUAAAUGAAAUUGAAAAGUAAAUAAAAAUAAUAAAUAAAUAAAAAUUAAAUAAAAGUGAAUAGAAUCUAAUAAACAUAAAUAAAAUUUAAUAAAAUGAAAUAAAAUAAAAAAAAAUUAAUGGAAUUAAAAAAUGAAAUAAAAUAAAAUAAACGAAAAUAAAUAAACUUAAAUUAAAUAAAAUUAAACAAAGUUAAUUAAAAUUAAAUAAAAUUUUACAAUUUGCUGCUUGUUAUUUUCGUGUUCUCAGAAUUGUUGUCCUGCUUACGGUUCGUCUGAAAAGUUCCGUUAGGAGAUAUUUUUUGAAAACUUUUGCAAAAUUAAAAAAUUCAUAUUUUGCCCAAUUUGAGUCCAAAAGUUAAACUGUCCCACUUCUCUUCUAUGAAAUUUGUCGCUCGUUCUUCUUCUAUCCUCAGAAUAUUUUUACGGCUUGAGAUAUUGUAUUUUGGACACCGAUUGCGCUACUGAAAAAAAUUUAGUACGGUUCUGCUCGGAGUCUACCUACCUGCUCAGCAAGGAGUCUACCUACUUAAUUUCGUAUUUUUCACGUCAUUAUUGUGAGAGUUAUGGCGUCAUGGGUAAUCCCCUUAUGACGUACGUUUAUGAAAUAUAGAUAACAACCUACUCCCAGUCCGGUCGAAUAUACCUGCCAAAUUUCAUAAAAAUCGGUAAAGUCGUUUCGGAGGAGUAUGGCAACAAACACUGUAAAAAGAGCAUUUUAUACUUAUAGAUGUAAAAAUUUUGGUGGCUACUAAAAUGACUAUAUAAAACCGGUUUAUAACCUUCCCUGAACUUCUACAAAUAAUUCAACAUCAAAAUUAGCCAAAUCGGUCCAGCCAUUCUCGAGUUUUAGCGAGACACGCGAACAGCAAUAGUGCGGCCGAUAUGUGAAACAAUUGCAAAUUUAAUGAUACAAGCAUAUAAUUUUGACCACAUAUACUACACAUAUAAAGGUUCAAAUUAAGAUAUGAGGCAUCUCAGAUUUUGCCUUUUACAAAAAUGGCGGGCAUUCAAAAUGGCCCCUAUACAUAUGUGUUUAAUAGUACCAUAACUUUUGAACGAAAAGUCCGAUUUUAACCAAAUUUGGUAUAUAGGUUCUCUUUUUGAUUUACAAGAUGGAUGAAUGAACCAGAAGAAUCGGUUUACCAGAAGUUGUGUUUUUACUGGUUGUUUAUAUACAAAUAUGUUUUUUUUUUUUCAAUUUUUUCCCUCUGUAUAUAUUAAUUUUUCAAAAUGGUAAUACCGCAGUUGAAAAGAGCGUAAAAAUAUUUUGUAAAAAAUAUUUUGAACUUUUUAGUUAUGUUAAUUAAUUACCAUUUAAUAAAUGCAUAACGUAUCUUCACAUGUACCUAUGUGUGGCAGAUUAGUGCAAAUACUAUAAGAAUUAUUGUGCAUUUAAUGGUAGAAGCACAUAAUUUGGACCAGGUAUACUACACCCAUCAAGGUUCAAAUUUAAAUAUAACUCCAUCUCAGAUUAGUGAUGUUGAAAAAGUAACUAUUCGUUACAAAGUACUCGUUACUUACGAAUACCGAAAGUAACGAUUACUAUACAGGGAGGCAAAUCGUUACUUUGAUUACUCUGAUUACUUCGGUACUUCAUACCAAUCGUAUUAUAGCGAGUAACGACUAUUGUAUCUACUUUGAUUACUUCGUACCAAUCGUAGCAGAGCGAGUAACGACUAUUGUAUCUACUUUGAUUACUCUGAUUACUUCGCACUUCGUGAAGGCCGUUAUUAUAUCGGAAUACCUAUACAAAAUACCUACCUACUGAGAAAUACGAUUCUCGAUAUGAUUACCGGUACUCAAAUACAAAAGUAAUCAUAGUAAUCAAAUAAUUUUUCCUCUUAAACAGGUUGGUGAAGGUCGUUCUUAUAUCGGAAUACCUAUACAGACCUAGGUACUGAGAAAUACGAUUCUCGAUAUGUAACAAAAGUAAUCAUAGUAAUCAAAUCAUUUUUAUCCCUUAAACAGAUCGGUGAAAAUCGUUGUUAUAUCGGAAUACCUAUACAAAAUACCUACCUACUGAGAAAUACGAUUCUCGAUAUGAUUACCGGUACUCAAAUACAAAAAUAAUCAUAGUAAUCAAAGUAACGAAUACUGUAAAUGAUUACUUUAUACAAAAGAAAAUACCUACCUACUGAGAAACACGAUUUUCGAUAUUAUCGGUACUCAAAUGCAAAAGUAACAAAAGUAAUCAAAGUAACGAAUACUGUAAAUGAUUACUUUAUACAAAAGUAACGAUUUGUAACGAAUACUCGAAAGUAACUAUAAUCAACAUCACUAUCUCAGAUUUUACCUUUUACAAAAAUGGCGGGCAUUCAAAAUGGCGACUGUACAUAUGUGACUAAUAGCACGAUAACUUUUGAACGAAAAGUCCGACGUCAACCAAAUUUGGUAUAUAGGUUAUUUUUUUGAUGUGUAAGACCAAGGUCUUGAACCAGAAGAGUCGAUUAACAAGAAGUUGUGUUUUUCCUGAUUUUUAUGUAAAACAUGUUGUUUUUUUUUACUAAUUCUGUCACCCUGUAUGUAUUAAUUUUUCAAAAAGUUAAUAUCGGCGUUGAAAAGAGUGUAAAAGUAAUUAUUAGGAAAUCUUUUGAACUCUUUAGUUAUGUUAAUUACCAAUUAAUAAAAGCAUAACCCAUCUUCAUAAUAUGACAUAUUAUGUACCUGUGAACCUAUGUGCGGCAGAUUCGUGCAAAUAAUAUAAGAAUUAUUGUGCAUUUAAUGGUAAAAGCAUAUAAUAUGGACCAGACACACUACACAUACAAAGAUUCAAAUUUAGAUAUGGGGCCAUCUCAGAUUUUGUCUUUUACAAAAAUGGCGGGCAUUUAAAAUGAAUUUGCCGCACAUAGGUACGUGUGAAGAUACGAUAUGCAUUUAUUAAAUGGUAACUAACAUAACUAAAAAUUUCAAAAUCUUUCUUAAAAAGUAUUUUUACACUCUCUUCAAUGGCGGUAUUACCUUUUUGAAAACUUAAUAUAUACAGGGUGAAAAAAUUGAAAAAAAAACAACAUAUUUUUACAUAAAAAACAGUAAAAACACAACUUCUGGUAAACCGAUUCUUCCGGUUUAAGACCUCGAUCUUAUUCAUUAAAAAAAAACCUUGAUGCCAAAUUUGGCUUAAAUCGGACUUUUCGUUCAAAAGUUAUCGUGCUAUUAUUCACAUAUGUGUAGCCGCCAUUUUGAAUGCUCGCCAUUUUUGUAAAAGGCAAAAUCUGAGAUGGCCUCAUAUCUAAAUUUGAACUUUUGUAUGUGUAGUAUAUGUGGUCCAAAUUAUGUGCUUCUACCAUUAAAUGCACAAUAAUUCUUAUAAUAUUUGCACGAAUCUGCCACAAAUAGGUACAUGUGAAAAUACGUUAUGUAUUUAUUAAAUGGUAAUUAACAUAACUAAAAAGUUCAAAAUAUUUUGUAAAACAUAUUCUUACGCUCUUUUCAAUGGUGGUACAUAUUACCAUUUUGAAAAAUUAAUAUAUCUAGAGUGCUAUGUAUUAAGAGUAUAAGUCAAAAAUGAAAAUUUUUUAAUAGGACUUUUCAAAGUCUCUUUUACCACUGAUGAAAUAACUAUUACAACUAAAUAUGAUAAUGGUGACGAAAUAUGAUUAAUAAAUUAGUAAUUAACUAUUUUACUUUCUACUUUGGUAAUAAAUUAUUAAUUAUAUAAUUUAAAAUAUAGAAGAAUCCCAAAAAAUCUUUUUUAUGACUUACACUCUUAGUACAUAGCACGUUAGAUAUACAGGAUGAAAAAAUUGAAAAUAAAUUAUUUACAUAAUAUAAAAUAGUUUAACAUAAAAAACCAGAAAAAAAUACAACUUCUGGUAAACCGAUUCUUCCAGUUCACGACAUCGAUCUUGUAAAUCACAAAAAGAACCUAUGUACCAAAUUUGGUUGAAAUCGGACUUUUCAUUCAAAAGAUCGUGCUAUUAGUCACAUAAGUAUAGUCGCCCAUUUUGAAUGAUCGCCAUUUUUGUAAAAGGCAAAAUCUGAUAUGGCCUCAUAUCUAAAUUUGAACCUUUAUAUGUACAGUAUAUUAUGUGGACCAAAUUAUAUGCUUGUAUCAUUAAAUGUGCAAUUCUUAUAAUAUUUGCACGAAUCUGCCGCACUGCAAUUGAUUUUUAUAUAUAGGAUUUUUGAAAAAAUUUUACGCAGAAUGAAAGAUUACAUCAUUACCGAGGGUAGAAAGUACCUGAAAACUUCUAUAAUGUUUAUUUUAAUAAGUUACAGGGGUGAAAAAGAAGAGAAAAUUGAGUGUGAUUGUAAAUUUCAAAUAUCUCAUUCAAAAGAAACUUUUUGUUUAUUCUAAGAGACUUUUACCGUCGGAAAUGAUGUAAUCUUUCAUUCUACGUUUAAGUUUUACAAAAAUAUUUAUUAGUUUUUCCAGGAUUCGAAAAAACUGAACACCAUGACCGUGGUGAUAUUUUCCAAAUUGAACAUUCGCUAUCUUUGUCAUACAAUGCACUCAGUCGAAGAGAAUGUGGGGACAACACAAUGGCAAACAAGGUUACUCAAUAUUUGACACGGCUUCAGGAAUAUUUUGAGUUGUUUAUAAAAUAAUGUUGAUAGUGUAUUUGAUAAAUAAUUGAUUUAAGACGUGAAAUUAAUAAAAAGUUAUUGAUUGUUUAGUAUUAAGCACAGAAUACACCAGGGUGUACUUCUCUUUUCUGGAUCAUUAGUUUUUAUUGUAUAGGAUAUAAGUUAUUGUAAUCACUGAAUACAUAGUGAAGAAAUCAUCCUAUUAAUUAAUAAUUUAAUAGCUUAUACAAAUAACGGUUAUCCAACAACAUUCAAAAACUGAACGGUUAUUGAUGACAAUAUCAUUGAUAACUAAUGUUCGGGUCAUUCCAUUUCAAAUCACUCAAAUUUUGGAGCAAAAAAAAUUUUGGACCUCCGAAUUGUCUUAAAAUUGGUAUAUAGUUUCUGCGGGACGUAAAAAUAAGAUAUUUAAGGUCAAAAAAUCUUCUUCUUUUUUUCUCAAAAUGUUAUUUUAUGCGAUUUUACAGUGAUUUGGUGUCUAUUUAUACAUAUUUGCAUUUUCUAUCGUAAAGUAUCAAUGGAAAACAAUAUUUUAAUGAAGGGACUCAAAAAUGUCAUUAUAUGGCAUUAUAACAAGUUGCUUUGAUUCAAAACAAGCUUUUGAUCAAAUUUUAUAGUGUAGAAAACGUUAAAAUACAUUUUUUUUUCCAUUACCAAAAUACAUCAUAAUCGAUUUGGCUGAAAAUUCGCCCACAGAUAGACAAAACAUAGGACUUUAAGUGGUGAGAAGUAUCUGAAUUAUAUUACAAUACCAAAAAAGUUACAUGCAAUAUUAUAGUCAUAUAGGCGUCUACUGUAAGUACAAUUAACUCGAAAAUAUCGACCUCACGACAAAACAUGUUAAAAGGAAAUUGUAAUAAUUGUAAAUACGAUUUAUUUGGAACAAUUUCAGUUCCUACCAUUUUUGUCGAAAAGUUAAAAAUGGCGGAGAUAUUGAGCAAAACAGGUUCUCCUUUAAAAUCAAGAUGGCGGCUAACGUAACGGAGGAAUUCAUUCGUGAUUUUAAAUUUAAGCUACUAUUCACUCCCCUAAAGAUCAGAAAAAUAAAAUUUUGGGCAGCUUGGCAUUCAAGGUCAAAUGCUAUCCCGACUGGACUAAUAUAUACUUUUAAGUCCGAUACUACUGCAUGUAACUUUUUUGGUGUUGUAAUAUAAUUCAAAUCCUUCUAACCACUUCCGCAAGUCCUAUCUUUUGGCUAUCUGUGGGCAAAUUUUCAGCCAAAUCGAUGAUGAUGUAUUUUGGGAAUGGAGGAAAAUGUAAAAAAACGGUAUUUUAACGUUUUUUACACUAUAAAAUUUGAUCAAAAACUUGUUUUGAUUCAAAAUAACUUGUUAUAAUGCCAAAUAAUGACAUUUUUGAGUCCUAUCUAUUAAAAUAUUAUGUUUUCAUUGAUACUUUACGACAGAAAAUGCAAAUUUGUUUAAAUAAACACCAAAUCACUGUAAAAUCGCAUAAAAUAACAUUUUGAGAAAAAAGGAAGAUUUUUUGACCUUAAAUAUCUUAUUUUUACGUCCCGCAGAGGCUAUAUACCAAUUUUCAGACAAAUCGGAGAUCCAAAAUUUUUUGCCUGAGUGAUUUGACAUGGAAUGUACCGUUUACAUCUCCAUACCAGUGCGAAUUUUACUACACGUGAUUUGCCGUGUAAAGAAAGAAAAAGUAGGGAUAGCCGUAAAAUAUUUGCGCCUACGCUCUUUAUGAUCAACUUGAGACAGACAAGUCUCCCUUCCUAAAUAUAUUCACUGCCUGUUUAUAAGUAACUGUAUAUAUUGAUAUACUUUAAUAGUUUUCAGUGUUUUAUGUAUGUAUAUAACGAAUUUCCGCUAAAAAUUUUCGGAGUCCGUCAACUUUAAAUAGGAAAUUGUAUUAAUACGGAAGAAUAAUUCACGUCAGAAUAAAGGCCCCCAUUCACGUUGAGAUCGGUAUAGAUACAUGUCGCAAGUAUCAAUAUUGUGAUACAAAUCUCAGUAUUUGGCUCAGUGUAUUUGGCUGUAUCAGUAUCACAACUCUCUAUCUUCGUCGUCUACAACUCUAUCGCCGUCUGUAUCCCUGUCAUGAAACAGAUAGAGAUGUUGAAAAAGUAUCUAUUCGUUACAAAGUACUCGUUACUUAUGAAUACCGAAAGUAACGAUUACUAUACAGAGAGGCAAAUCGUUACUUUGAUUACUCUGAUUACUUCGUACCAAUCGUAUCAGAGCGAGUAACGACUAUUGUAUCUACUUUGAUUACUCUGAUUACUUCGUACCAAUCGUAUCAGAGCGAGUAACGACUAUUGUAUCUAUAACCAGUACACUUUAUUACUUUCUACCAAUCGUAUCCCAUGGUAUAAUGGAUGGAGGUAAAAUAUGUAAUGUAUGUCAUUAACAAAGAUCGAAUGCGAGAACCCUAUAUUUUUAUCUAUAGCUAUACCUAUACAAAAUACCUACCUACUGAGAAAUACGAUUCUCGAUAUGAUUACCGGUACUCAAAUACAAAAGUAAUCAUAGUAAUCAAAGUAACGAAUAUUGCAGAUGGUUACUUUAUACAAAAGUAACUAUAAUCAACAUCACUAGAAACAGAUACAAAUCUCAUGAUACGUGUAUCGCAACUUGUCGCGAUACAUGUAUCGAUACCGAUCUCAACGUGAAUGGGGCUCUUAAAGUUGUAUGUAUGUCGUUCAGUAUCACAGAAAAAAAGCAUUUAAAAACUUACAAAUACUAUUUUAAUUCAAAUUGUUUUGGUCAAAAUAAUUCAUAUCUGAUCUACUUUUCAAGUUUUUACAAAACCAAAGGUUGUGAAAUGAACCAAUUACUGUAUCCAUUCUCUGGUUUGUUUUAAGAGGAAACAGUAGCGAUCAACAGGUAGCGAAAACGCGUUCCAAGAUUGCGGCUGUAAUUUUGAAUAUUUUUUCGAGAUAUUUGGCACACGUAUUCGUAAUAUAAUAAAGAAUGGCGGUACAGAGCCCAAUUUGAAAAAUAUAUUAAUAUGUGGAAAUUACUCUGUAAUUAAAUACAAUAUUAAAAAAACGAGCCUGUACCGCCAUUGAGAAGAACAAAAAAUACACUUUCUUCAAAUAAACUUUUUUAAUCCGAUGCCUAGAUUUUGUGUAAUUUUGGAACUACUAAUGAAAUAAAAAAUUUUAGUAGUUCCAAGUGUAUUUUUUUGUUCUUAAUGGCGGUACAGGCUCGUUUUUUUAAUAUUGUAUUUAAUUACAGAGUAAUUUCCACAUAUUAAUAUAUUUUUCAAAUUGGGCUCUGUACCGCCAUUCUUUAUUAUAUUACGAAUACGUGUGCCAAAUAUCUCGAAAAAAUAUUCAAAAUUACAGCCGCAAUCUUGGAACGCGUUUUUGCUACCUGUUGAUCGCUACUGUAUCACCUCAAGUUGUUUUUGUGACAUGCAGCAAAUGUUGAGAAACUGCCGGCAUGACUUCGAAAUUGGUUUAACUUGUACCUAAAGGGGGAAGGGGGUAUAGUUAAUUCUGCGUUUUUUGCAUAAUUCUAAAACGUUUUCCCUUGAGAGUGGUGGGGUUAAGUUAAAUGGGUAAAAGGCUAUCUUGAGAACAACACUUAUUCUUGAUUAUUCAGUUAAAUUUUUAUUGAAAAAUAUUUAAAAAUGAAGUGGUGGCUUCAUUUUUAAGUAGACGAUCCAAAAAAAAAGAUGAUUUGCGGUGUACACUAUAUCUUCGGACAGAAUCACCCGAAACAUACAAACCAAAAAGAUUAUUUUAGUUUAAGAGUUUCUUGAGGUAGUGACGUCGAGUUUUUAUGAUUAAAUUGAUUUUUAAAUUCAUGGUAUAGCUUUAAAGUGAAAAAAUCGAAAAAAAGAAAAAAAGUGAAGUGUGUUUGGUAAAGAGAAAAAUGGUAAUAUAAAAAAAUUGUUAAAAUAUGCAAAAACUCGACGUCACUACCUAGUAAAAUAUCUAAAAAAGAAGUGUGCAAAAUUUCAGAAAGAUCGGUGCAUUACUUUUUGAGUUAUGAUGUACACCGCCUCAAAAAAAACAUGUUUUUCAGAAAACGCGUUUAAUAAAAAUGUAGCUAAGAAAAUUUUUGUAUACAUAUAUCCAUAUCUCCGUCAAUUUUGCUCGGAUUAACUUGAAAUUUUAAUGGUAUACUCUUGAAAAUAUUUACAAUCAAAUAAGCCAAUAAAAAAAAUCGAAAAAAAUAAUCAAAAAUACUAUACCCCCCCCCCCCUUAACCACUACAGGACUUUUUACGGCAGAAGUCCUGUAGUGAGAAGGAGAAGAUACUCCAUAAGAAGAUACUGUCGUUAAAUGUUCUUAAAUAUCUACUGUUGUUAUAUUUGUUUACUGCAUGACCCUAUCCUCAAAAUAAAUUACCGGGUAACGUCACUGAUCUCACAUGUGGCCUAUUUCGAAAUAUUUACAACAUAUUAUUGUCUAUUGUUUAUCUACAUAUGGUCUUAACUUAUGUUUUAUAGUUGGGAUGAGUGUUUCGUGUACCUUUCGGGAAAGACAUUCGUCUGCGAGAAGUUUUUAAAGAAAACCGAACAAUUUACUAAAUAAAUUGAGUUGGCAAUUGUUUCCUACAUCCACCAGUUCUUGCCUUUCUUGUUUUUUUGUCACGUGACCCUAACCUGAAAAAAAUGACCGUGUGAUGACACUUACAGCAUGUGAGCCGUAUUUUCGAGAAACAUAUUUCAAAUGUAAUCUCUUGUCUAUUCUUUAUCCACGCUUGAUCUUAACUUAUAUUUAUGGAAUUAUUUAGGGUGUUUCGUGUACCUAUAUAUUAUAUUAACAUUUUCGGGAAAGACAUUAGAUAGGGAGAAGUUUUUAAGAAAGCCGAACGAAGCAGUGAAGUAAACUGUGUUGGCAAUUGUUUUGAAGCCACCAGUUCUCAUGUUACUUAUUUAUUUGUUACAUGAGCCUAACCUCAAAAAAAAAUCACCGUGUGUGUGAUGAAACUCAGCAUCUGAGGUAUAUCCAUCUUUUAUUACAUAGUACCUAUAUAAAUUAAUGUAAUCACUGAAUACAUAGUGAAAAAAUAAUCCUAUUAAUUAAAUUAAUGAAUAAUUUAAGCGAUUAUGCAAGUAAAGAAUGUGCAAGAAUAUUCAAUAACUAAACGAAAUAGUCAUCUCUCAUUCUCCCAACCCAUCUCAAUACAACUUGCUAAUGUUCACGUUUAUCGCGCAGUGAGGUCAGUUAAAGCUUGUAUAUCUAAUUUAAAUCUAAACAAUCGGUAUAUAGCAAAUAGAUUCGUGGCAGUAAAAUAAAUUACCGUGUGACGUCACUUACGUUUCAGGAGAGGGACAUUUUCGAAGUAUUUUACAUUCUGAUAAUAUUCUGAAAAUAUGUACACAACAAAUCAGGUGACUACGAAAAUUGUUCAUAUGUGUCAAAUAUUUUGUUUUAUUAUAUUUUUCAUCUGCGAACCUGUUAAUAUGAGGAUCAAUGCUUUUUUGCGACAGUAGAACGAAGCGUUUGGUCGAGGAGUUUAUUAUUCGCUGUGAGCUUCGCUGGUAUCGCCAACUAGCGGAUUACUAGUGCAACUUGGGUUGGAAAGUCAAACUUAUUUAAUUAUUAUCGUGUAAUAUUUAAUCAACUAUUCUAAAUGGGAAAUAAGCCACAAUUUAACUAAAAAAAUGAUUUAUUAACGUUUCGACGACCACAUCGGAUGUCGUUGUCAAAAUACAAAAUAUUAAUAAAUUAAACAAAAUGUGGCUCAGUAAAAAUUUUCUAAUAAUUUAAUUUAAUCUGACUCAUUUAUAUCGGCAAUUCUGACAUAUACGUUUUAAAGUAGAAGACUUUAAAAUGAUAUUGCCACUAUUUAUGAGUUGCGUUCCUGGGACGACUUUACUGAAAGAUAGCUCAUUCGAUUACAUGAAAUCACCCCAACCCAAGAAUAUCCGCCACAAAAAAAUGUAAUAUUUACAACGCAAAGAAGUAAUUAGAUUGUAAUCGAUGGUUAAUAUCAGUAAGUACAGAAUUUAUGAUUCAUUAUGAAUUAUGAUCAUUUCCUUAAGAUUUUACUUAUCGUUUUGACGUUGUAUUUACUGCAAAUAUCAGUUUUCUUCAUUCCUACUUCCGAUACUUUCAUAAUUAGUGUGUAGAUGGCGCUAGAUUAAUUAUAAUAUGUAUUAUAAAAGGUUAAAAACCAAAUUUCAAUAUUUAAAAAAGUAUAUUUAAGGUAAAAAUAUAUGCGCGGAAUAAUAUUUUUUCCUAUUAAUGUUCUAAAUUAUUCACUUUGACAUUUAUGUCAAAUUUUCAACCGAAUUUCAUUGACUUGUCACUGCUGGCGCUCACGAACUUUUAAGUAUCCCCUAUACCUACGAGCUUACAGCGGAUAGCUUCUUGAGGUAAACCACUGCAAGAAAUGUUUGAUAAAAAAAGUGUAUAUUUGCGACGUUAUGUCAAUAUAUCAGUUUCACGUUUAUUAAAUUUUAUGAAGUAGGCGUAAGUUUUGAUGAAUUUCGAGCGUUACCGUCACUUCUCAAUUAUAACGCAAAGGUUUUAUUUUUACUAUUGGCUGUGAGUUUCAACGGUAGCGCUCUCUCGCGGUUUGAAACAUGUACUUCUUUGAUAAAAUUGGUGUAUAUGAAAUAUACAAAACGAGAAAAAUAGAUAUUUAUCUAGAAAAACACAAAUUAUGAACUGAAAUAUUAUUCUAACCUGAUUACUGAACGAAUACACAGAAAUAAUAGUAAAAGUAAAGAGGCUGUUGAGAAAAAGAAGAAGUGUAUGUGAAAUUUAGAGGUUACAUCCGUUUUUAUUGGCUGGGAGUUUCGUCGGUAGCGCUCUUUCGCGGUUUGAAACUUAUACUUUUCUGAUAAAAUAAUUGUUCAAAUUCAAUGCACAAAACUGCCACUAACAGCGCUGGCGAAAACUGUCAAAUUCCCUCUACUCAUCGGCUCACAGCGAAUAUCCAUGAGUUUAUCAUGUGUAACCUUGUCAAACGCUGCUAUUUGUUCCAACGACUGUCAAGUUAUGUUGAUACUUACAUCAUCUGUCACUAACUCCAUCUAGUGAUCAUUUAUAAAAACAUGAAAAGUAGUUCUAAUUAUUCAAAACAAAAAUAUUGAUAUUCUUUUUCUCAUGAUCAUCUUUCAGUGCGUCACAGUUUUUCGAUUUCUUUCUAACGUAUUAAAUUGUAUAUGACAGAAAAAAAGGCACGUCGGUGAUUACUUUGGUAAUUAUUUCUAGUUCGGUGAUUAUUCUAGUUGUCGAUAGAUGGCAAUUUUGUUAAUUAGAUAAUAAUAUUACAAAUAUAAUCUGUAUAAUUUAUAAGACUAUACAAAUCAAAGGAAAUAUUAUUUUAUAAAUGCAUGAAACACAUUUGAUUUGUUUUUAUUCCAAAUUGAAAAUAAAAUGUGACAACUGUCAGAUUUAACUAAAAUGUCAUGUUAGAAUAAAUGUCAUAAAUGUGUAUUAUCACGGACUUACCCUUUUUCCUAUCAUUUGUUACGCACUGAAAAAUGAUCAUGAAAAGGACAGUAGUUAUUGUUUCAUGUCAUCUUUCGCCUUAUUCAAUGCAAAUGCAUACGUUUAGUUGUGUUGAUUGUACUCAUAAACGUUCAAUCUUGAUUUUGAUUAUAUUUAACGAUCAAUUAAAUGUUCGAUUAUUUUUCUAAGAAUGUUAUUAUUUAUUAUUUUUUUUUUUUUGAAUUGUAUAGGUUUCUUUUUGUAUGACUUAAAAGUGCCUUAAUAAAAGUAAAGUAUUACUGUUCAUUUA